CUACACGUGAUUGACCGGCGCACGCCGAGAAACUGAUACAGUACACAAAUCCUCAAGACCACCUCUCCUAGGUGCUCUUGCCAUGGCUCAACGUGUAACCCUUCGCACCCGUUUGUCUUAUAACACCAGGUCAAACCGCCGGCGGGUGGUCAAAACUCCAGGUGGAAAGCUUGUCGUGCACUAUACUGGCAAACGUGGCAAGCAGCCUAAAUGCGGUGAUUGCGAACACAGGCUUUCAGGUAUACCUGCUGUCCGACCCAUUGUGUUAUCCAGAUUGCCAAAAUUCAAGAGAACUGUUGCCCGCACAUAUGGUGGGACUAGAUGCGGGAAUUGUGUGAAGGAACGUAUCAUGCGUUCCUUCCUCAUUGAGGAGGCAAGGAUUGUCAAGGAAGUCAUCAGGGGAUCCAAGAAGAAGAAGAAAAAGCAACAGCAGGAGCAGCAGGAGCAGCAAGCACAACAGACCAGCUAGUGAUAUGCACCUCUUAUCCGAUUUGUGUGAGCACAAUAAAUCUCCGUGCACCAUACAUCCGAAAUUCUAUUCUGACGUCCGAUUUGACUGGCCAUCAAAUAUGAGAUCAACAUUUAGCACGUUUUUAUAAAGAUC